CAGGGUGAUAGCGGGCCUCCUUAGGAGGUAAUACUUGACGUCUCACCUCUUCCUCUCCCACCCUAAUGCACACCGUUGAGAUUACCCUUCUUGAUUUCUGCAUACCUAUCUAAUGAGUUCCUUCUUCAGCUCCUGCUUCCCCCAUCCCCCACCACCAACACACACCCAGUUUGCCACAGAGCCACCAAAAAAAAUUUUUGUUAAAUGUUAAGCUAGCCACAUCAUUCCUCUGCUCAGCCACCCCCCACCCCACGGUACCUUAUCACACUUAGGAUCAGUUCCAAACUGCUUAUCACGCCUUCAUGAUCUGGCCCCUCCUGACCGCAGUCACCACCUAGCCCACCACUCUUCAUCUUGCUUGCUCUGCUUCAGCCCACCUCCCUUCUGGCUUCCCUCCACACGCCAAGCAUGUGCCUGCCACAGGGCUCUUGCACCUAUUUUACCUCUACCCAGAAUGCCCUCCUCCCAGUGCCCAGGUGGCUCACACUCACGUUACAUUCACACUUCAGCUCAAUAUUGCCUCCUCUGAGAGGCCUUUCCCCACCACACUGUCACUCCAUCCCCUGCUCAGGUCCUUUUUUUCUUUCAUAGCAGUGACCUCAGCUAACACUAUUCUGUAUGGACUUGUCUUCCCUGCUGGAAUAUAAGGUACUUGGGAGCCAGUACCUCUCUGCUCUAACUUUGCUCUCUCCCCAGCACCUCGGACACUGCCUAGCACCUGGUAGGCACUUCACAAUUACUUGUCAAAUGGGAGAACAGGUGUCUGCACAUCUCAUUUGCCUCCUGAUAUGGAGCCUGCUGUGAUCUUAAGAACAGAUAGUGUUGGCUGUGGUCCCUCCCUGAUCCUGAGAAGGGGCAGGAAGGCUUCAGAUGUUCUGACCUCCCACAGUGUGCAUGUCUGUGCAUGUGUGUGUGACCAAGCCCUGCCUUCUCAGCACUUGGCCACUCUCCAAAUCCAAACCCUCAAAGGGGAGGAAAGGAUGCCUGCUGCACGCGGGAAAUCCAAGUCCAAGGCAGCAGUCACAUUUGGGGAUUUGGCCAUCUACUUCUCCCAGGAGGAGUGGGAAUGGCUGAGUCCCAUUCAGAAGGAUCUGUAUGAAGAUGUCAUGUUGGAAAACUACCAGAAUCUGGUUUCUCUCGGACUUUCCUUUCGGAGGCCAAAUGUGAUCACCUUGUUGGAGAAAGGGAAAGCACCUUGGAUGGUGGAGCCAGUGAAAAGACGCCGGGGCUUGGACUUAGUGUCCAAAUGUGAGACCAAGAAGUUACCUCCAAAUCAGUGUGACAAAUCUGGGCAAAGCAUCUAUCAGAAACCAGUUUCUGCACCACAAAAAGUUCCCACAGGAAAGAGAAGCUGCAAGAAAAAGUCAGUCCUAAGGAAACCCAAGAGAGCGCAUUCAAAGAAGAAAUCUUUAAAAUGUAAUGACUGUGGGAAAUUCUUUAGUCAAAGCUUAUCUCUUAAACUUCAUCAGAGCUCUCAUACUGGAGAGAAGCCUUAUGAAUGCAGUAGUUGUAGAAAAACUUUCAGACAGAUCUCAUCCCUCAUUCUUCAUCAGAAAAUUCACAGUGGAAGUAAAAGCUAUGAAUGUGAUAAAUGUGGGGAAAGCUUCAUUCAAAGAACAACCCUUGUUCUGCAUGGGAAGAGUCACGAUGAAAAGGAAAUGUUUGACUGUGGGAAGGCCUUGAGUCAGUGUCCAUCUCCCAGUAUAUGUCAGAAAAUCCACCUUGUCAAAAAUAUCUACCAGUGCAGAAAAUGUGAGAAAGCCUUCAUUCGAAUGUCAUCCUUUUUACUUCAUAAGAAGAUUCACAAUGGAAAGAAAAUACAUAAAUGCAGGAAGUGUGGGAGAGGCUUCAGUAAGAAAUCAGUCCUUGUUAUACAUGAAAAAAUUCAUAUUGGAGAGAAAAAUCAUGAAAGUGAGAAGGCCUUAAGUCAGAGUCUGCAGCAGAGAAGUCACCAUUUAGAGAAUCCUUAUAAAUGCAGAAAAUGUGGGAAAUCCUUUAAUAGAAUUUCAUCCAUUAUGCUUCAUCAGAGAAUUCACACUUCAAAGAAACCCUACAAAUGUGAUAAAUGUGAAAAGAUCUUCAGGCAGCUUUCAACCCUUAUUCUACAUCUAAGAAUUCAUAAUAGGGAGAAACUAUACAGAUGUAAUAAAUGUCAGAAGGUCUGCAAUCGGCAUUCAUCCCUUAUUCAACAUCAGAAAGUUCAUACAAAGAAAAAGAAACUGUUUGAAUGUAAGGAAUGUGGGAAGAUGUUUUCUGGAACUGCCAACCUUAAAAUACAUCAGAACAUUCAUUCUGAAGAGAAACCUUUCAAAUGCAGUAAAUGUAGUAAAGUUUUUGGCCGCCAGUCAUUUCUUAUCGAACAUCAGAGAAUUCAUACUGGAGAAAAACCAUAUCAGUGUGAGGAAUGUGGGAAAGCCUUCAGUCACCGAAUAUCUCUUACUCGACAUAAGAGAAUUCAUACUGAAGAUCGACCUUAUGAAUGUGAUCAGUGUGGGAAGGCCUUCAGUCAGAGUGCGCAUCUCGCCCAACAUGAAAGAAUUCAUACUGGAGAGAAACCAUAUACAUGCAAAACGUGUGGGAAGGCCUUUAGCCAACGCACAUCCCUUAUUCUACAUGAAAGAAGUCAUACUGGAGAGAAACCUUAUGAAUGUAAUGAAUGUGGGAAGGCCUUUAGCAGUGGUUCGGAUCUUAUUCGGCAUCAGAGAAGUCAUUCUUCAGAGAAACCCUAUGAGUGUAGUAAAUGUGGGAAGGCAUAUAGUCGGAGCUCAUCCUUGAUUCGACAUCAGAAUACACAUUCUGAGGAAAAGGCUUAAGAUUGUUUUAAAUAUGUAAAAGCUAAGAAGGAGCCUGGCAAAGUAGCAGAGACAGAGGUGUGCAGAAAUGCGUUUGUCUAUAACAUAAAUUGUGUAAAAAUGGGACAGUUUGAUGUUGUGUACCACUUUGAAAGCCAAAGAGCAAAAGUCAUUGGUGAUUUUGACCUAAGGAUUUGAAAUCAACUGAGACAGUGACUUUAUCAUAGGUCUUAGUUUCAAAGAAGCAAGCACAGAUGAUUGGAUCAGUCAUUUUUAAUGAAGACCAUUCUUCAUCUGAUAAAAAUAACUGAUACUUUAUUUCCAGUGUAAUUUUAAAAUUACUUCAUUGGUCACGUACAACAAAGUGAAUUGUAAAUCCAUUUCUCUGGAUGGAGCUGUGAGCCUGAUUUAAGGUCACCUGAAGAAAGAGUUUGAGUUUGUCCCUUAGAACUAGAAGUAUCCCAUAGAAUGGAUUUCCUCACAAACCAAGGGUGCCAUUUUCAUUUGACAGAAACUUGUGGGUGACAGUGAAGAUUAAGAUAGCACUCAUAACUGUGUGGAGCAAUAGAGUCAUUACCAUACUGUCAAUGUGAAGACAUAUGGUCUUCAUGGUGUGAAAAAUCUAACAAGCCUGAGACAAGCUAAUGGUGACAAAACAGGAUGUACUGAAGAAUGAGGAACUUCAGAACAGGGAGAAAUCAUGUGUAAUUGUUUUGUUUGAAAAUGAAUUUAUAUUUAUAUGAAUAAACAUUGGUUUUUCAUGUAUGAACACUGGUGUGCAACAAGUGAUUGGGGGCGAAUGGAAUGUCAUGGACUGUGUCCUCCCAAAAUUCCUAUGUUAAAACCCUAACCCCUAGUGUGAUUGUAUUUGGAAUUGAGGCCUUUGGGAGGUAAUAAGCAUUAGAUAAGGUCAUGAGGGAGGGGCCCUCAGAAUAGGAUUAGUGUUUUUAAAAGAAGAGACACCAGAGACCUCUGCCAUGUGAGGGCACAGCAAGAAGCUGGCUAUCUGCAAGGCAAGGAAAUAGCCCUCACCAGUAUCCAACCUUGUGGCAUCCUGAUCUCAGACUUUCAGCCUCCAAAACUGAGAAAUAAAGUUUGUUUACAU